AGCGCUCCGUAGCGCCCCCGUUCACGGUGACCUCCGCUCCCACGCUGCUCCCUUUUAUCGGCCAGGCCGCCGCCUCCAGCUCCCUGCAGCCCCCGCCCACCCCCACGGGAGCACCGGCGACCACGAGCGCCUCCGGCUCCGGCCAGGCGGCCAUGUCUGUGACGGUGGCUCGGUGCCUGAAUCUGAUCGAGACGGUGAAGUCUCUGAGCGCCCAGCCGCCCGCUAAAGCCGCUAAAUCGGUUCAGUUCAGUUUACCCUCCGUAACCUUGGAGACGGACGAUGACAUAAAGACCAAGCAGAGAGAGAAGCUGGAUUUAUAUAAUCAGAGGCUUCUGGAAAAGCGAGACCAGCAGUUCCAAGAGAGGCUCCUGCUGAAGAGACAAGAGAAGAACAGAGACGCUCCUCCGGCCUCCGCAGGUAAACCAAUCAGCAGUGAGCCCAAGAACGUCUGGAUCUGUGGUCACUCUCUGGUGUACUGGGCCGAGUCACGGGCCAAAUCCCCGGAGGUAGGUAUGCAGCUGGGCAUGGACCCCAGCAAGGUCACCAUCUGGUGGAAGGGGGUCCAAGGCAUGACCUGGUCCCAGCUGCUACCUCAGCUCCACCAGCUGAAGAUAACCUGGCCCAACCCGGACCUGCUUAUCGUUCACCUGGGUGGAAACGACCUGAGCACCGAGAGUCCCACGGACCUGCUGGCCUCCGUGAAGAAGGACAUGACCUCCAUCAGGAGCGUAUUCCCACACUGCCUCCUGGUGUGGUCCUACAUCCUGCCUCGGAGGGUGUGGCGCCAUUCGCCAGACAGCCAUGAGGUGGAUCUGGUUCGCACCACGGUGAACCGUAGGAUCCAUAACAUGGUGUCUGAGCUGGGCGGGAACUCUGUGACCCAUGAAAACAUUCGCUGUGGAGCGAACACGGGUCUGUACCGAGCCGACGGCAUCCACCUGUCGCCCAAAGGCAUCGACGUCUUCAACCUCAACCUGCAAGACUUCCUGGAGAAGUGGGAGCAGGAGACAAACUCCCAGCGGAGCUAAGAUGUUUAGAUUCUGCUCCUCUGCCAGGUUUGAGCUGCAGAUGGAUCCUGGUCUUCAGAAACAGUUAAAAUAUUCCAAUCUCAUUAAACCUCAUUUUCAUUAUAAAUUCUUUGAAUAUCUGAUUCUCUGCAGAUUUUAAUGUUUCAACUGAAGAACGUUGAUUGACGGUUUCUUGAUUGAAUGUUGAAUGAUUUUGUUUCGGUAAAACAAAAUAAAAACAUUAAAUUCAGUA